AACCACUAUCAAGUAUUUUUGAGUAGAUCACCAGUAAGUUAAUUUUUUUUACGCAACGAUCGAACAACUCGCUUCCUCUUCUUAAAUCAUCAGAAUGCCUCCAAAGGGAAAGAAGAGCAAGGCUAAGGCUAAAAAAGCCGCAGCCUCAGCUGCUAGUACAGGUAAGGAUGCAGCAGUCUCCAGUACCCCAAGGUCAGAAGGAGAGGCCGUUCCACCUCCUUCUACUGCGGAGACACCUACGCCCAAAUCUACUGCUUCUCCUCAAAAGGUACUUAUAAUUUGAUUUAGAAGUACUUCUGAGAAAGUUUUUCAUGCUACCCACUUAUCCACACUUGUAAUUAUAACGCUUAAAAUUAACCAGCUGCUACAAGAACUAAAGCCACAUAUGAUUAGCGUAAGUAUCGAUAAAAAAGUCAACAUGAUUCUUGACGUUUGAAAACGUCACACCUGUUCUACCAGGUAAUUGAAGAAGUAUCUGGAAGUGCACCUCCUACUGUCCCGUCGGACCAUCCUGCCCUCAGAGACCCUGAAUUCAUGCGCAAAAUGGGUCUCACUGGAGGAGAACCAGCGACAGGAGGUAUUGUUCAAGCUGCAUUUCGAUGCAAUCUUCUCGUUCCGUGCAUGUCGCGACGAAGAUCACUGAUAGCUGUUACGUGGUUAAGAUCGUGGUUAAGACACUGCUGUAAAGUCAAAGUUGAACGAAUCAGAAUUACUAGUUCCUAGCAAGGUUUUUCCUGCCCCACCCCAUACCCCACACCUACACCAAACAUCACAGGCGAGAAAGACAUAUCAAGUGACUAUUUCAAUUUCCGAGCGCAGCUUGAUCGCAUGAAAGGUGGUCAGGGAGGCUCAUCGUCCUCUCAGCCUCAAAGUAGAUAUGCGGAAAUCGAGCUGCUGAAGUCACAAGGAAAUGACUUCUACAAAAUGCAAGUGCAUGAGAUGGCGGCCACCGCUUACAGUACCGGAAUCGAAAAGCUGCAGAAGCUGGUGGAAGAUGAGAAUGGGGUACAACUUCUACUUGUAAUAUCUAUGAGUUUUCAAGAGUUGCUCCUGUAGUUGUCGCUCUACUACAAUUAAAUUUUCAUUCGUAACCAUCUCGAUCUCUCCGCAAUGGAAUACAACUCUGUCACCUUUCACUCUCCAACAUCAACAACACUUCUCUCGUCUCCGCCCCACCGAAGUUAAUAGAGUCUUUGUUCCAAGGGAAUUUUCCCCUCCACUCCCGACUCUCACAGGCCGCUUACGAACCAUCGCUCCUUGAUGCUGAGGGGAAGAUUUUGAUGAGCCGCCUCUUCUCUAACAGGUCGAACUGUUUCUUCCAGCUAGAUCGAAUGGACCCCUCUCUCUCCGACGCCCAAGAGUCAUUCCAAAUUGACCCUACCUUCGCAAAAGCAUGGCUAAGGGCCGCACAAGCUUAUGACAGGAAAAAUGUUUCCGGUGUUUAACCACCAAGACUAAAAAGCUUGAACGCACAAGCUUAUGAAUGCACAAGCACUAAGCUUGCUGUUGGUGAACAACAAGGUGUUGAACUUUUAGUCCAGAUGGUUGGAUGCAUAGUCUCUACAACUGCUACUUCUCUCUACUUCACCUAAGUAGCUUGUACUCUAUUUAUUAUAUAACGAGUAACAAGACAUGACCACACAUGAUCUUCUAAGACCCCACUGCCAGACGUGCAGCUAAGUUAAUGGAGUCAACUGGCGAGGCCCAUAGGGCUGCGAUGUUGAUGGAAUCUCCGCAGGAGGCAGGUGGUAAGAAAAUACCACAAGACCAAGACGCACUAGAUAAAGCCGAUUCCACUCAUUAUUCAUUGUUGUUAUGAGGCGAAAACUACUGAGGUUGAUCAAAAUUAAAACUUUAAUCUUGUACAGAAUCUGUUGGGCUACUUAAACAGAUUCCGAUUAUAAUCGUUUUUCCUUACUACAGGGAAAAGGGUUCUCAUUCACAACUCCCUUACAUACUUGAAAUAGAGCGAGCUCACAUGAAAAGCCAGAAAUUGAGCAACGAAUUGUACUAAAACUCUUUUUUUUCUUUCAUCAUAUCAUUCACCUCUAAUCUCCGAACGCGUAACCUCCGAUUUGGACUCUGCCUCGAACUACAUAGCGGAAGGCUUGAGGGUCGAUGCCAAAAACCAAACGCUGGCAUCUCUCAAAUCACAAGUUGCUCAACAAAGACUGAUGUGUAAAUUUUCUAAGCCAGCAGGUGGAUGGGUGUCAAAUUAUGAUGAAGAUUUCUUUCGAUUUUCUUCCUUAGCAUAGAUUUAGAGAAAGUAUUGACCUUGAGAACAAGGAGUCUAAUGCAAUUCUGUUUUUGGGCUCUAAUCAGAGGCUGGGAAACAAGAGCAAGUCUGGCGUUUUUCCUUAGAUGGCAAAAUGGAUACGCGACUCGGCGGAUUUUCCUGCGUCGCAGGGUUUGAAUUGCUCACAGACUCCCAACUCCGCAUUGAGCCACCAAGGCACGGGAUGCCCGCCGUCACCUACGAGUUUCAUUUCCAAGGUGAAGCGCUGCACGUGAGAAGCGAUACCGGAAAUGCCCAACAAUUCACUCCACGAUUCACGCUGAAGGUUGAGCGGGACAUGAUCGCGCAAGAACAGGAUUUCCACGAGGCGGUGGACAAAUUUCUUAAGGCUAGUUUAUCAACAAGAAGAAAAAACAGGAAGAAGGAAAAGAGAAGUCAAAAAAGAAUAAAGGAUAGAAAAGGAAAGGAUAACUCCAAUUUGUCGCUCUGCGACAUAAAACUAGACUGCACCACCUCACGCUAGGCACAUUCAUUCUUUCACUCAAUCAACACUGUCCCAUUUGUGCUGGUUCUUGUGGAGCUAUCAGUCUAUUCUGAGGGUCCCGCCAGUGACUUGGAAGAUGAUCACACAUGGGACACAUGGCGUGACAUAUGCUGAGUGUGGAUGUACGUAGUCCUCCUUGAUUUGCUUAAACGGUAAGAAAGUAAGGGUGAGGACACAGGGCACCUUUCCACUCUUCAACCCGAGAUACAACAUGAUAUGAAUGUGUGAAAAAUUAUAGCGCUAAAGUUUUGCCAAGAAAACUCGCAGAAAUCCAAGCGAUGAAGCCACCUAUGUCGGAGUCGGACCGGAACGCAAUUUUGGACCUACCCGAGGAAGAGCAGCAGAAGAAAAUUGGCGAAUUUCUGUUAAGGCUGUAGCUGCACUUUCCCUUUUGAUGUUCAUAAUUCAUUGUCAAUACUAACUUACUACUGGUUGUUCCUUAUUGAGGGCAUGAUCCCUGAAACUUACUACGUAGCGAAGAGUAUCCCACUGCGAAGAUACUCUGGCAUGCUUUUCAAGGAUGCAGCUGAAAGAUGAAACACGGAGAGCGCUAAUGCUGAAAAUCCUCGCAGAGCUGGACGCCUUGAAGGCAAGGUGUACGAACGAAAAAACCUUUCAAGAGUACACGAAUAGACUUCGGGAAGUUCACAGAAUCUUAUGGACGAGGAUGAACGACUAGGACUACUUGCGUAUUUCUUAUAGUUUUGGUAUUCCAGCAUAGAAAUAGAUGAACAUGAAACACGUACGGUUGUAAUUCGGGAUCACAUGCAGCUGCACAGUGAACACUAUUGCAAUGAAUCUAAGUCCUCUAGCACCCUGAAGCUGAAGCUGAAGAACAUAUGAUUGAUCAGCGACCUAGUACAUGAUAGAGAUAGUGGACGAGGCAUCAUCGUCAUCAAUUUCCAUCACAAUGAAUAAGCAUCAACAUGUAAAGAUACUUACUUCUUAGUCAAAUCAUUACUUCUACAAACCUAUACAACUAAAAAAGUCUCAAUAAUUCAUCGUGCCUCAAAUAUCGCCCAUCCUCCGCCUCCGCCUCUAAUAGUAGCAACCACAACUGAGCAGAGUCACCCGAUUGAUCCGAACACGAUGCGCUUGUACGGCAUAGCCAGCCGAUGGGUAGCGUUCGACAACCUAACGCGCAACGGUCCGUCACUCGAGGAUUUGAAGACGGAUGGGGAACAGAAGGUAUGUAUCUAUGAUUUUUAAGUAUUGUUGAAACAAGAGACUCACGACAUUCAUCUGCAGAAGCAGUCGAUUCAUGGCAUAGUAUUAUCGAAUAAAGAUGACUAAUUGAUCAUGGACGAUACUUGCCCAUACUACUUCCUGUCGCAAUGAAUUGUGUAUGAGUAUGAUGGCAUGAAAAAACACGAUAUGUUGGUUAUCCACAGUAGUUGUACUUAAUCGAAAAACUACCCCUACCUCCAGGAUUCUUCCUCCGAUCCUUGUUGCGGUACUUCUAGUACUUCCGAUGAAAAAGAGGUCGCUCCAACUCUCGCAUCUGCCAGCACGGUAGCUUCUUCAGGGAAUGAGGAAAUAGUAUCGUUAAGGGUAGGUACUUAAAAAUGAUCUUGUUACCGUUCGUUUUGCCAUCGUUAAGGGUAGGUACUUAAAAAUGAUCUUGUUACCGUUCGUUUUGCCAUCGUUAAGGGUAGGUAGUUAAAAAUGAUCUUGUUACCGCUCGUUUUGCCUUCCUGAAGGGGGAAAGCCAUAAUGAACGGGGUAAACGAACACCAAGAGCCUACCUCUAAUAUUGAAGUCGACUACUUCUGGCGGUGAAGGUGGACCUCCUGGCGUGGAGAAAGAGAAACAGCCAUACCGCGACUCCGAUUUCUUAGCCCGAUUCGCUGACGAAAUCCGAAAGGAAGACACACAACAGCAAGGUGCUGGUGGGAAUAUUUAUGGCUGAUAGAAACAAAUAGAAAAACUUGGGAGAACUACUUCGUCUGUGAGCUUGAACUUUCUUACGUCCAGCAGCCAUGUCAAAAAAAUUAAACUAACUUCCCGUGAUCACUGAUCAGUCCUCGUAAUCACACAACUUCUUUCCUCUUCUAACAUCCGACAGCGACUGCAAGUGGUAGCACGGCCGCGCCACCAAUAUCGCAGACAGUCUCUGCAGAUACUGCGCCUUCUCCUGUUCAGAAAGGCACGAUCGCAGGCAACACUAGUAACGACGAUAAUGUCAGGAACAAGGAUGACGAAAUGGACCUCCUAGCCAAGUUAAGGCUUACUUUGAUUCAUCUUUAGCGGCAUAUUGAUUUGCCGUGCUUUCACGUCCACCUCUUGUCAGGCAUAUCAAUCAAUCAAUCAAUCAAUCAUCAAGAGAAUACGCACCAUUAUAUAUUUAUAAAGAUGCACUGGAAAUAAAUGAAUUUGGGCAAGCUCUAACCAAAGCAGUUUUUCAAGCUCCAGCUACUACUGCAACCGCUACUUCAGUCAGCUGUGCGAACGAAAACACUGGUUGUUUCGCAAAGAUCGCAUCCAUUUGUGGAAUGUAGGAAACGAGGUAGACUGGUUGUAGAAUACUUCUUGUUCUAGAACCUCUAUGUAUGAAACUUAAAGAAGAUGAAGUCUGAAUCUCCUAUAAUGAUGACCGUUGUAGUUGAAGUAUGUCUCACACUCGUCACAUUUUUUUGCACAUGAACUGAUGUUGUUUUUUCAAGGUCGGUCUCAAAACCAGGGCCACCUACAUGGACCACAUGGACUUAGGACUAGUCCCUCUACUGCCUGCACUCUUGUAUUCAUCUAGCUGUACCACGGAUGUUCAUGGAGGUCCGUCUUCAUAAUAGAUACGAAUCUGCGUCCAACAAGUGAAGAGUCAUUUUUUCAUGAUCGUCGGGAAACAUUCUUCAUAAGUGGAGCGACUGCUGCUACAUGCAAUAAAACUCUUCCGCGCAAAAAGUUCGAUUUUAUUUUUAUAUACGAUACGUACUCAUCAACAGGACGAGCUCUUCUUGCCUCGCGAGGGCUUACCUCAUGAAUAUCAAACAGGUUUGCAUUCUGCAAGAACAUGGUCUUCUACUACUUCUUCCUUACCAGCCACGCAAGAGGCUGACGCUUGCACAAGGAAGUCCUCAUCUGAAGACUACAGAAACAGGAUUACCUUGAGUGUCCAGAAGUUGUCCUGAAAAUUCAAAUCUAGUGAAGAUUUUUUUGAGAUAA